UACUCUACUCUGUUUCCUGUAUCAAAUUACUACUCCAACUCGCCAAGUAACUCCCAACAUUUUGUCACUUACUCCAUACUAUCUCUAUAUAACUUGUCAUAAAACCCUUUUCUCCUGACUAUUCUAUUCCCCUCCAUUUUCUCACCCUUUUAAUCCUUCUCCCAAAAAUCAAAAUUUUAACCCAUCAAAAAAUUUCAGAAAACAAACAAAAUUGAUUUAUUGAAGCUUUGAAUCAAUUUUCAUCCUACAAAUGUCAGAAAAGGACCCAGAUUUCUCUUCUCACAAAUACCCUUCUUCAUCCCAGGUUAUUGAAGAAUUGAAAGAAUUAUGGGGGAUGGCCUUACCAAUAACAACAAUGAAUUGCUUAGUAUACAUAAGAGCAGUAGUUUCAGUUCUGUUCUUAGGAAGACUAGGAAGUUUAGAGCUUGCAGGUGGGGCCCUUUCAAUUGGUUUCACAAACAUAACAGGGUACUCUGUUUUAGUUGGAUUAGCAUCUGGUCUUGAGCCUGUAUGUUCCCAAGCUUAUGGAUCACAAAACUAUGAUCUUCUCUCACUCUCUCUCCACCGUAUGAUCUUCAUCCUUUUUCUCGCAAUCAUACCCAUUAGUUUCCUUUGGAUCAAUCUAGGCCCAAUCAUGAUUUUCAUGGGUCAAGAUAAAGAGGUUACAUCAACGGCUGCCAUUUACUGUCUUUUCUCUUUACCAGAUUUAUUAACAAACACAUUUUUACAACCUUUAAGGGUUUAUCUAAGGUCACAGAAGGUGACAAAACCUAUGAUGUAUUGCACUUUAAUGGCUGUCAUCUUUCAUGUACCCUUAAAUUAUUGGUUGGUUAUGGUGAUGAAAUGGGGUGUAAAAGGUGUUGCUAUUUCUUCUGUGGUGACAAACUUAAACAUGGCUGUCAUGUUAGCAGGUUAUGUUUAUGUUAAAGAGAGGGAAAAAGGGAGGAUUAUAAAAUGGUGGAAUUGGGGAAUAAAAGGUGUUGGAGUUGAAGGUGUUAAACCAUUGAUGAAAUUAGCAGUUCCAAGUUGUUUAGGGAUUUGUUUGGAAUGGUGGUGGUAUGAAAUUGUUACUGUUCUUUCUGGGUAUUUGCCUAAUCCUAAAGUUGCUGUUGCUGCUACUGGGAUUAUGAUUCAAACUACUAGUCUUAUGUAUACUGUUCCUAUGGCUUUGGCUGGUUGUGUCUCUGCUAGGGUGGGAAAUGAGUUAGGGGCAGGAAAACCAUACAAAGCAAGGCUGGCAGCAAUGGUGGCAUUAGGUUGUGCUUUUCUAAUUGGAAUCAUAAAUGUGAUUUGGACUGUCAUUUUCAGACAAACCUGGGGUAAGCUCUUCACACCUGACACCACUGUCACUGUCUUAGUAGCAUCAGUCAUGCCUAUUAUGGGUCUAUGUGAGCUUGGCAACUGUCCACAAACUACUGGCUGUGGCAUCCUACGUGGCACCGCUAGGCCCGCUGUUGGAGCCCGAAUUAACCUAGGCUCAUUCUACUUUGUGGGUACUCCAGUUGCUGUUGGGCUUGCCUUUGGGCUUAAGUUUGGGUUUAGUGGGCUUUGGUAUGGGCUGCUUUCUGCUCAAGUGGCCUGUGCUAUUUGGAUUCUGCAUUCUGUGUUGUGUGCAACUGAUUGGGAAGCUGAAGCUCUCAACGCUCUGAAGCGCAGUGAAGGAGUAGAGAUGAGUAAAUCCUGCAAUGAGGAGGAAAAAUUAGGGUUAUUAGAAGGCAAAGACGAUAAUAAUAUCAGUAAUAAUUUGUGAUUUUAAAAAAUGAGGAACACAUGAGUAAAAAGCAAAAAAAAAAAAAAAAAAAAAAAAAAAAACAAAAUAAA